AUGUCAUACUACUUUACAAUUAUCGGAACACGAGACAACCCUCUCUUCGAGCUCGACUUCGGCACUUCGAAGGUUGGUGGUGAUGGCGUGGCACGCUUCCGCGAAGAAGCCAAGUAUAUGAACCAAUUCAUCGUGCACGCUGCGCUAGAUGUGGUGGAAGAAGUCCAAUGGACCAAUAAAGAGAUGUACCUCAAGCGCAUUGAUUCGUUCCAGAACAACCACGUCCACUGUUUUCUAACAGGCGGCAACGUGAAGUUUAUGCUUCUCAUGAACCCGGACCCAACAGCCACGACAUAUUCAGCCUAUCCGACCUCGCAACCCAGUAGACCCUCGACCGCACGACAGAGCACGACGCUACUAGCUGCGAGUCCGAAUAGUCAGGCUACCGAGGAAGCCGUUCGUGCCUUCAUGCUGGAGGUGUAUGAGAACUGGGUGAAGUGCAUCAUGAACCCUUUCUACCAAGUCAAUCAGGUUGUCACGAGUCCUGUGUUCCGUAACAGGGUCGCGACUGCCGCGAAGAAGUAUCUUUGA